UUACUUAUUCCUUCACUUCAUAUCUCACUCGGUCGUUAGUGAAAGAUGCAACUGUCAUUUAUCUUCUACGUUAUAUCAUUCCUUACUUAUUCCAAGCAGAUUUUCUGCAAUGAAUUAUCUCAAAGUUAUUCCAUUUUUCCUUCAAAACUUAGAGAAAUCGAUAAUAUCGUUCAUCAACUUUUAGAAAUGCUCCCAGAGCAGAAGUCCGAAUAUUCCGUAGAAAAUCCUAUUGAUUGUACGGAUAUAUUCAAAAAUGGAGUUAAUCAAUCUGGAAUAUACGAAAUUUGGCCUCGUAACAGGACAAAGGAACCUUUUAGCUUUCCAGUGUAUUGUGAUAUGGAAACUGAUGGAGGAGGAUGGACAGUAUUUCACAGAAGAGGAAAUUUCAAUAAUCCGAAAGAUUAUUUCUACAGAAAUUGGAGAAGUUUUUCCGAAGGAUUUGGUCAAUUAGAUAAUGAAUUCUGGCUCGGAAACGACAAGCUUCAUUCCCUAACUCAUCACGGAGAAUAUGUACUCAGAUACGACAUGAAAGAUAAAAAUGGAGACCAUCAUUACGCUCAAUAUAAGAAAUUCGAAAUCGGCAACAAUGAGGAGUCGUAUCAAUUACGUGUAUCCGGGUGUAACGGAGAUGCAUGUGAUCCUCUUACGCAUUAUCACGACGGAAUGAGGUUCAGUACUUACGACAAAGACAACGAUCUCAUACCGCCGAACUGUGCCGAUCUGUAUAAAGUUGGAUGGUGGUUUGGCGCUUGUCUGUAUUCCAACGUCAGUGGAAUUUAUAAAAGUGAUUUCCUACGUUCGGGCACGUAUGGAGUUGCGUGGUUCCAUUGGGAAGGUUCGUAUUACUCAUUGCCAGAAGUUGAGCUGAAAAUACGUCGUAUUAGGAAAUAAUUGUAUCAAUAUAGCUGUGUGAAAAUAAACAUGUCUUUACUCUUUGAAA